AUGACCGUGUCCAUGUCGACCCCGAAGUCUUUCUUGCUUUCCAUAAUGAUCAUGACAUUUUCGAUAGAGAGAGAGGCGCCAAGAGAGCGACAUGAUAGCAAGAAAAUGCACGCAGGCGUGCACCAUGCAUCAUCGCAUUGAUACCACCACCUCCAUUCCCCUCCUCUCUAGAGAUUUCUGUGUGGAAGCAAAUCAAACAUCUAGGGCCCUGAAGCGAGCAAGGCAAGGGAAAGGCGAGACUGCGCCCCACAACUUCCGUCCACACACCAUUACCAGCGCUGCCCACCUCUCCCUCUUGUCUACGACUGCUAGGCGGAUGGGUAGAGAGAGAAACAGCCAAUCAAACAAGAGAGGGACGAGAUGAGAGUUGAAGAGUCGUUCGGUGGCGUGGAGUUUCUUGCCGGGCGUGCUCGCUCGCCCUCCUGUUGCCACCAAUGGGCCUUUUUGGGUUUUCGGCACCACCUCAACUCUCUCAUGGGUCAGAGGAGAGCUCCCCUUCACACGCCGUCCGCAGCAGGAGAGAGAAAGGGGGAGAGGGGAAGCAGGCGCAAGAAACUUCCCCCACCUCCACUUCCUCGCCUUCCGCCUUUAUAUCUAUAUUGUCUACUUCCGUCCUCUCUUCCUCGUUCCUAUCUCCUCCGCCUUUCCUUCGUCCUCUCCUCCCUUCAAGGAAGGUGUUUGAGGUGAGGCGGCCAUGAAGAAGGCCAAGGUCGUCUUGGCCCAGCCGGCGACGGGAGCGCCGUGGCUACCGCUCUCUAGCGCGCCCGGGCCGAUUCGCGGUGGUGGGGAAGAGGCGGCGUACAGGGCGAACCUCAGGUACCGGGGCCUCCUGCACGACUACCAGGAGCUCCUCAAGGAAACCGAAGCAAGGAAGAGGAGGCUGCACCUGGACAGGCUCAAGAAGCAAAUGCUUUUGGCUGAAGUCAAGUUUUUGCGGAAAAGGUUCAAGUCCUUGUCUGAAAACCAAUGGCAGACAAUUGUUUGUAGAGUGAGGAAUCCAGCAAUGCCGCUCGCCACGCGGACCACCGCUUGGGCCGAGCACCCGUCGGUACACGCCGUCGGAAGCUCCAGCAAAAGCCAGCCGGUGCAACCAAGACAAGAUGGUCCUCCGAGGGCGUCUCCCGUGAUUGACCUCAACGAGGCUUGUGAGCAGAGUUAUGAGAUGGAAGUGGAAGACAACCAUGGUUACCGGGAGCCUCUCAGCAUCGGCAAGGCGAAGAUCUACCCGAUGGAAGACGAUGCUGGUGCCGGCCCCAGCGAUGUGAGAAUGCCUGCAUUCUGGGAUGUUCGGAACCCGGUGGGGCGAGCUGGCAAGAGGAAGAUCGCAUGGCAGGAUCAGUUAGCCCUGAGAGUAUAGGUAGAUGAUGAUAUUUAGUGGUAGUCGUAGGAUCUAUAUGGGUCGUCGCUAGACGCUAGUCCUCUAGCUGUGUAAGAAUCCUUGGGAUAAGCUGGAUUGUUGUUUGCUCAUGCCUCGUGAUGAAAACAUAGGCAUGCCGCAUGCGUAAUCGAUCACUACUUGUUAUGGACUUAUGGUUUAUGCUGGUGUGGAGGGCUAAUGAAUAUAUGAGGUGUAGCUUCAGUGUCA